AUGUCAACUUCUUCAGCUUGCUUCGAGAACCUGCCACCAACACUAAGCUCAACAUAUGGAGAAGGAACUGUCCUACAUUUUGGGGGCCUGAAGAGCUACGUCCCUGGCUCAACUGAAUCUAAGCUUGCAGUCCUUCUAGUCUCCAAUGUUGUUGGAUAUGAAAACCCAAACUUAAGGAAACUUGCGGAUAAAGUUGCUACAGCUGGAUUUUUUGUGGUGGUUCCUGAUUUCUUUUAUGGCGACCCUAUGAAUCUUGAUAAUCCUCAAUUCGACCGUGAGGCAUGGCAUAAAGCCCAUAGCGUGGAAAAAGGAUACGAGGAUGCCAAGCCAGUGCUUGCCGCUCUAAAAAGUCAAGGUGUUUCUGCAAUAGGAGCUGCAGGAUUUUGCUGGGGAGGGAAUGUAGUGGCCAAACUUGCAAAAUCUGAUGACAUUAAGGCCGCUGUGAUAUUGCAUCCUGGCCGGUUAGCAGAUGAAGAUGUACAUGAGGUUAAGGUUCAUACUGCAAUAUUGGGAGCUGAGAUUGACAAAAAUUCACCCCCAGAACAAUUGAAACAAUUUGGGGAUAUUUUAUCAGUAAAGUCAGAGUUUGAUAGCUUUGUGAAAAUAUUUCCUGGAGUGGCUCAUGGAUGGACAAUAAGCUACAAUGCGGAGGAUGAAACUGCAGUCAAGAGUGCCGAAGAGGCUCAAUUGGACAUGUUAAAAUGGUUUACCAAGUAUGUCAAGUAAGAAAACAUGUAGGAAGUGAGCUUUGAAGCUCAACAAUCCUUGGA